ACCAAAAUGUUGUCUUAUUGUGAAAAUCUGCUCCUGUUGCAGCUCUUCCUACCUGCUUCCUCAAGGUGUGUCUGUCAUUCAUACCAGGAAACCAGUUACCUUUCUCUCCAGGAGAGUCAACUCUUUGGACCGUCUGAAGAAACUUUGCAGCUCUUCCUUCCUGCUUCCUCAAGGUGUGUCUGUCAUUCAUACCAGGAAACCAGUUACCUUUCUCUCCAGGAGAGUCAACUCUUUGGACCGUCUGAAGAAACUAUCAACAUGAAGAUCUCUAUCUUUGCUGGUGUUCUGCUGCUCUCUGCUGCCGUGAUCUCUGUGGACGUGCUCUCUGUGGACGGAGAAGAAACUCCAGUUGAAAAGUUUAAGAGACAGCAUAUCUACCAGAACAUGGCUCCUAACCGCUGUCAGGCCGUGAUAACAGAAAGAGACAUCAAAGACGUCAAAACUAAUAAGUGUAAGGAGAAAAACACCUUCAUCGAUGCGAGUUAUGACAAAGUCAAAAAAGUUUGUGGGGAUGAAGGAGAGCCGAUUAAAAUAGGAAAUAAAAUUCUGAGAAUCAGCCGUGAAAACUUCAAUUUUAGAGUUGUUGACUGCAAAUGCAAUGAGAACAACUAUUUCCCCAAAUGUGACUGCAGUGGCUCUAGUGGCAACAAGAGAAUUGUAAUUGAUUGUGAUCAAAAUAAGAAUCCUGAUCACUAUGAAAGAAGUUAUCCCAUUACCAUCAUCAUGAAUGAAUUAUGAAUCAAUCAGAGUGAUAUGUUACUACCUGAUGAAUCAGAGUAAUCUGUUACUACCUGAUGAAUCAGAGUAAUCUGUUACUACCUGAUGAAU